CAGAAUUGAGGGACUUCAACUGAAAAUCCAUCCAAUUCCAUUCCAUCCCCCUUUUUUAUUUUCUCAUACAAAACAAAGCCCUAAUAAUCCCAUCUCCAACAACAAUCGAUCGCUUUUUCAUUUGCAGGCCAGAAAUUUUCUUCUUUCCUUCCUUCCAGGAGAAAUGUCUGCAUAUGAUAACGUUGUCGGUGGGAAGCUGAAGCUUAAGGGCAAGGCUCUGGAUGUUAAGGCUGGAGGGAUGAAGAAAAAGAAGAAGCAAAAGAAGCAAAUCACUCAGGCUGUAGAAAGUGAGAGUGCAGAGGUGGUAACGGAUUUGAACAAGGAAGAGGCUGCUGAUGCUAACAAACCCAUUGGAGAUGGGAGCUCCACCCAUUGGGAUGAUCAGCUAACCCCAGCUGAGAGACGCUACAUGGAACAAAGAGAGAAAAUUGACUCUCAUAAGCUGGCAAAGACCUCUAAUAAAUCGCACCGUGACCGUAUUCAGGAUUUCAAUCAGUAUCUUGCAAAUAUGAGUGAGCAUUAUGACAUUCCUAAAGUUGGCCCAGGCUAAAAUGAUUGAGUUCAGACCGCUGAAGCGUCCUACUUCUUUCCCUUUUCCUAUUUGAUGCCACUUCCAGAGUUCUUCUGCUGAUUUUCCAUUACUCUGAUCUGAUGUUUUCUCUUACAAAUUAAUUUUUCUGCUGUAAACUUGUUCAUAUGUCGUUCUCUUGUAUAACUGUCGAGGUUGAUGAACCUGCAUGUCCCAUAUAUUGUACGAAGUUUGACUUGAUUUUCUUUUAACAGUGCUAUGAGUUCUCUUGAAAUCAAUGGUA